AUGACAGGAGAAGCGGAAGCUUCGGUUCGAGGCCGGCUGAAUCCAGCUAAGAUUGUUGGGAUGGAGGAGCUACCACUGAUGACUGCACGCAGGAGAGCUGAGAAUCGAGGGAAGCCUUUGGCAGACUUGAGACUAGAUCUCAGACUUCCCAUUACGAGAAAACCACCUAAGGUUUUUGCCUUUGAUCACUGCUUCUGGUCCAUGGAUGAAUCAAACACCACAAAGUAUGCAGGUCAAGAAGUGGUGUUCAAGUGCCUUGGAGAAGGAAUUCUUGAAAAGGCCUUUCAGGGAUAUAAUGCUUGUAUUUUUGCCUAUGGACAGACAGGUUCAGGAAAAUCCUUUUCAAUGAUGGGCAAUGCAGAGCAGCUGGGUCUGAUCCCACGGCUCUGUUGUGCUUUAUUUCAGAGAAUCUCUGUAGAAGAAAAUGAAUCUCAUACUUUUAAAGUUGAAGUGUCCUACAUGGAAAUCUACAAUGAGAAAGUGAGAGAUCUGCUUGACCCAAAAGGGAGUCGGCAGUCCCUGAAGGUUCGAGAGCACAAAGUGCUGGGACCGUACGUGGAUGGCCUGUCUCAGCUGGCUGUUACAAACUUUGAGGAUAUUGAGUCACUGAUGUCGGAGGGAAACAAAUCACGAACAGUUGCUGCAACCAACAUGAAUGAAGAAAGCAGCCGCUCUCAUGCUGUAUUCAACAUUAUAGUGACUCAGACGCUUUAUGACCUGCAUUCUGGUAAUUCUGGAGAGAAGGUCAGCAAGGUCAGUCUGGUGGAUUUGGCUGGGAGUGAGAGAGUGUCCAAAACGGGAGCUGCAGGAGAACGUCUGAAGGAAGGCAGCAACAUAAACAAAUCACUUUCAACGCUGGGCUUGGUUAUAUCAUCGCUCGCUGACCAAGCAGCAGGGAAGGGGAAAAACAAGUUUGUGCCUUACAGAGAUUCUGUACUCACAUGGCUUCUCAAGGACAACUUGGGAGGAAACAGCCAAACUGCCAUGAUAGCCACAAUUAGUCCAGCAGCAGACAACUAUGAAGAAACACUUUCUACUCUGAGAUAUGCAGACAGAGCCAAAAGGAUAGUUAAUCAUGCUGUGGUGAAUGAAGAUCCAAAUGCUAGGGUCAUCAGAGAAUUACGUGAAGAAGUUGAAAAACUGAAAGAACAGCUCUCGCAAGCUGAGGCGAUGAAGGCACCAGAACUGAAGGAAAAAUUGGAAGAAUCUGAAAAACUAAUAAAAGAGCUAACAGUCACCUGGGAAGAAAAGCUAAGGAAAACAGAAGAAAUUGCACAGGAGAGGCAAAGACAGCUAGAGAGCAUGGGAAUUUCCCUUGAGUCUUCAGGUAUCAAGGUUGGAGAUGACAAGUGUUACCUGGUGAACCUGAACGCAGACCCUGCGCUCAAUGAGCUUUUGGUUUACUAUUUAAAGGAUCACACAAGAGUUGGUGCAGAUACCUCUCAGGAUAUACAGCUCUUUGGUAUAGGGAUCCAACCAGAGCACUGUGAGAUUGAUAUUGCUUUAGAUGGAGAAGUUACACUCACACCAAAAGAAAAUGCAAGAUCCUGUGUAAAUGGUGCACUGUUAUGUUCUGUCACUCAGUUAUGGCACGGAGAUAGAAUACUAUGGGGAAACAACCACUUUUUUAGAAUCAAUUUACCAAAGAGGAAACGACGAGAUUGGCUGAAAGACCUUGAGAAGGAAACUUCGUUAGGAGAGCAUGAUCUGGAUGCAGCUAGUGAAGCUUCUUCAGAACCAGACUACAACUACGAGUUUGCACAAAUGGAAGUUAUUAUGAAGACACUGAAUAGUAAUGACCCAGUACAAAAUGUGGUCCAUAUCUUGGAGAAACAGUACUUGGAAGAGAAGCGGAGUGCUCUUGAGGAGCAGCGGUUGAUGUAUGAACGUGAGUUAGAGCUGCUGCGGCAGCAGCUCUCUCCAGAAAGGCAGCAUCAGCAUGGCAGUGACAGACUCUCCUACACUGCUCAGACUGCACAGCAGAAAGUAAACCUCUGGACAGAAGAGAGGGAUGAAUUGUUUCGACAGAGCCUGGCUAAACUUCGGGAGCAGAUAGUAAAGGCAAAUACACUGGUGAGAGAAGCAAACUUCUUAGCAGAAGAAAUGAGUAAGCUAACAGAUUAUCAAGUAACACUCCAGAUCCCUGCUGAAAACCUCAGCGCCAACAAAAAGAGGGGUGCAAUAGUAAGUGAGCCUGCUAUUCAAGUGAGAAGAAAAGGAAAAGGUACUCAAGUAUGGACUAUUGAGAAACUAGAGAACAAACUGAUUGACAUGAGAGACCUCUAUCAAGAGUGGAAGGAGAAAAUUCCCGAGGUAAGGAAGCUGACCGGCAGGAGAAGCGACCCAUUUUACGAGGCGCAGGAGAACCACAACCUCAUCGGCGUGGCCAACGUCUUCCUGGAGUGCCUCUUCUUUGAGUCCCUUGUACGCAGGUUCUUAGUGCUCGUCUCGCCUCAGGUUGCAGGACGGCUGCACGUCGAGGUCAUGCGGGUCACUGGGUCCGUCCCAGAACGCGUGGUGGAAGGAGAUGACUCGUCCGAGAACUCCAGUGAGAGUGGGAGCCUGGAAGUCACGGAUAGCAAUGGAGAAAUUAUUCAUAGAGCGAAAAAACUCUCUUGCAGGGUAAAAAUAAAAGAAGCAACUGGACUGCCACCUAAUCUCUCCAACUUCGUCUUUUGUCAAUAUACAUUUUGGGAUCAAUGUGAGUCAACAGUAGCAGCACCAGUGGUAGAUCCAGAUGUGCCUUCACCUCAGAGCAAGGAUGCUCAUUUUACAGUGACCUUCUCUCACUGUAAGGACUAUGUGGUGAAUGUCACAGAGGAGUUUUUGGAGUUCAUUUCAGAAGGAGCUCUUGCAAUUGAGGUGUGGGGUCACAGGUGUACUGGCAAUGGCAGCUCUGUUUGGGAAGUUGAUUCUCUUCAUGCUAAAACUAGGACACUGAGAGACAGGUGGAAUGAGGUAACUCGAAGAAUAGAAAUGUGGAUUUCCAUACAAGAAUUGAAUGAGAUGGGAGAAUAUACUGCAGUUGAACUCCAUCAGGCAAAAGAUGUAAACACAGGGGGGAUUUUCCAGCUUAGGCAGGGUCAUUCCCGCAGAGUUCAGGUGACGGUGAAACCUGUACAACAUUCGGGAACGUUACCUCUCAUGGUAGAAGCAAUUCUUUCAGUCUCUGUAGGUGGUGUGACUGCCAGAUCUACCAAACUGCAAAGGGGCUUAGACAGCUACCAGAAGGAGGAGGAUGAUGGUGGUGAUAUGGAUAGUUACCAGGAAGAAGAUUUAAACUGUGUACGAGAAAGGUGGUCUGAUGCAUUGAUAAAACGCAGAGAAUACUUGGAUGAGCAGAUUCAAAAGAUCAGCAAUAAACAAGAAAAAUCUGAGGAUGAUCUAGAACGAGAAACCCGGCUGGUUGAACAGUGGGUAGGGCUGACAGAAGAGAGGAAUGCAGUGUUUGUUCCAGCACCAGGCAGUGGAAUUCCCGGUGCCCCUGCAAAUUGGAUUCCACCUGCGGGAAUGGAAACACAUAUACCUGUCCUCUUCCUUGAUCUGAAUGCUGAUGACCUCAGUGCCAAUGAACAACUUAUAGGUCCCCAUGCAUCAGGAGUUAACUCAAUACUACCAAAGGAGCAUGGGAGUCCAUUCUUUUAUCUGCCGAUCAUAAAACACAGUGAUGAUGAGGUUUCGGCCACUGCUGCGUGGGACUCUUCUGUCCAUGAUUCAGUGCACCUGAAUAGGGUGACUCCUCAAAAUGAGAGAAUUUACUUGAUAGUGAAGACUACUGUGCAGCUCAGCCAUCCUGCUGCAAUGGAACUGGUAUUACGCAAAAGAAUUGCUGCUAAUAUUUAUAACAAGCAGAGUUUUACCCAGAGUCUGAAAAGGAGAAUAUCCUUGAAAAAUAUAUAUUAUGCCUGUGGAGUGACCUAUGAAAUAGUAUCCAAUAUACCGAAGGCUACAGAAGAAAUUGAGGAUCGCGAGACCUUAGCACUGAUGGCUGCAAGGAGUGAGAACGAGGGCACAUCCGAUGGUGAAACGUACAUUGAAAAAUACACACGUGGUGUGCUGCAAGUGGAGAACAUUUUGAGCCUUGAACGACUAAGACAGGCAGUCACAGUCAAAGAGGCACUCUCCACCAAAGCAAGAAACAUCCGCAGAAGCAUCAGCACUCCAAAUGUCCACAAUGUAUCCUGUAGCCGACUAGAUCUUUCUGCCUGUGAUGAAGACGAUAAGGGUUGGUCUGAAGAUCACCUAGAUGUAUCUGGCUGUUCUUCCAGUUAUCAAGAUGUAUCAUGCUAUGGCACUUUACCCAGGGAGUCACCUCGCAAGAGCAAAGAUGGCAGUGGUGUUGUAGCAGAGAAUUCCAAUGCUUUAAUGGCCAGCCCUUUUAAAGCGUUUUCUCCUCAGCCACCAAAGUUUUUCAAGCCCUUGAUGCCAGUGAAAGAGGAACAUAAAAGGAAGACCCCGAUUGAAAGCCGCCCUCUGCUUAGUCAAGAGAGCAUGCCUUCGCCUCAGGUGCACUGUGCUGGCUGCGUUACGCCCUCAGGAAGCAAUGCCAGCAGCAUGCCUGUAGAAAGCAAUAGCAUACGUGAGGAGAAGAUUGACUCCGAGGAGGAAGACAGUGAGUUGGAGGCCAUCAAUAAGAAGCUGAUACGUCCACAAAGUUUUCAAAAUUUCCGGCCUUAUGUACCGGAGGAGUUUGCCGACUUCAGUGUUUACAAUGCUAGCCUGGAGAACAGGGAAUGGUUUUCUUCUAAAUCAGACUUCAUGAGUUCACGUGCUCUUGAGAAAGAGGUACCCCGCAGCCCCACCACUAGCAGUAUUACUAGUGGCUACUUUUCCCACAGUGCCUCUAACGCUACUCUGUCUGACAUGCUUGUUCACUGUAGUGAUAGCACAGACCAGCUAGCCAGCCACGCGAAGGAGCUGGACUCUAACGAUCCCUCAGGAUCAGCUCUCGCACAUGAGUUAAGAUCCUCUUCGAACAAGGAGUGUCGAGAGGCAGAAAAGGAGUUAGCGAGAGAGAAGUUGCCUGUGUUACCACUGACAGAAAACAGUGCCUUAACAGAACAAGUACCACUGUCCCUUGAUGCCAGACAAACUGACAGAGACUCUCAGCAGUUACCCACAGCUGGAUCAUUUUCAGCUUUAAGUUCCUCGGAUGGCAAAAAUACUGGGUGUACAAUUGAAUUUUCAGCCUGUGAAGCAACAGUUGAGCACACGACAGACAUUCUGGAAGACCACUCCUUCACAGAGUUCAUGGGCGUCGAAGACGGAAAGGACUUUGACCACUCGACGGCUCCGCAGUCGUGUUCCCUUGCGUCCUCUAACGGAGACAGAGUGACUGCCUCGGAGCUACCCCAAGGCGUGGGCAAGGAGCAGAGCGCGUCCUUGGGCCAGCUGGGCUCCGCAGCAGCGGGCCACCGGCUUGCCGACACUGUGGAAAGCCCCAUGUGUUCUGCGCUGGUAGAAGAGCCUUCAGACCGUGAGACUGAUCCUGACGCUUCCGUAGAUGAUUUUAUUGGGAAGGACCACUUGGACGGUUCCGACUGUGAAGAAGGUGCUUCUGCAGAUCAAACCCAUGUCUUGCCUAGCUGGGUGGCCGUGGGCGAGCAAGUCUGUGUUGGGAGUAACAAGACAGGCACGGUGAGAUACAUCGGAACGGUGGAUUUCUCAGCCGGAAUCUGGGUUGGAGUUGAACUGAACGUUCAGCUGGGGAAGCAUGAUGGAACCGUGAAAGGCAGAGAGUACUUCCACUGCAGACCACGACACGGUGUCUUUGUUCGUCCUGGGCGCCUCAGCAAGGCACCAGCUUCCGCAAGGAGAUGGAGCAGCACUUCACGGUCUCAGGCGUCUUCCACUGUAGAGAAACGGAAAAGCUCUGCACUUCAAGGCCCGUCAUCCACUCCUAAAACGGGAGGAGAAGUCCUCUGCCAUUCUGGAGAUGCAGCAGCUUCUGCUUUUUCUAGGAAACAGGAAAACAGGAAAUCUUGGAUUAACUAA